ACGCGGUCGAAAAGACAAAACACCAUCGACCCCCCACAAAUCUCAAACGAAAUUUUGGCGGUUGCAGAUCGGACCGGACACCGACCUACCGAACCGGGACAAGAAAACAACAAAAUAUCUUGCUGUCAUAUUCUCCUAUUUUUUUGAGCGAUGGUUCGAACAAGAGCGAAAAAAGGCACUACAGCCAAACAGAAAGAUGCUGCUAGUCCCAAAGUGAAGCAGGAAGAUCAAUACUGGGAUGUGUGGCUGCUGGAUUUCGAAAAUGAAUUGGAAGGUCGGAAACAUAAACUUCUUUUAAAAAUGCAAGAAGAGAGUGACUGCUUAGACCGCAAUCUCAUGUUGGUCUUGGGCCAGAUUCCUUCCGAGGAAGCAAACCUUCCGCCAGGCGCAAUCAGUAAUCGUCAGAAAGAUUCCAUUGACUCUAUUGACUCUUUUGAUGCAACUCUGACAUCAACCAUUAAAAGCAAAGGUAUAGUAACAAGCACUGCAUUCAAACCUAUGCCACCACCUGAGCCUAAAUCUACUACAAGGCAAUCUCGGGCCAAAACUAAACAUACACGGACAAGAACUAGCUCACUCACUGAUGUGUCAGCUAUACAGCCAGAUUUAUCCUCCACUCGUCGCUUAACUCGGAGUUCUUCUCAGCCAAGAGAUAACAGGUCCAAAUUCAUUACAGAUUACCAGACACCUAUGAACAGGCCAGACAGAACUUUGUCAGCUGUUACUCCUAAAUGUGAUCCAUACUGUCCCAUGCCUCUGAAGCGUUAUGCCCGUCAGGGUGAAAUGGCCAUUUCAUUAACUGGUAGCCCAUUGAUGAUGACAACUAGUAUUACAGAACCAAACAUCUGCCUACCCCUUAAUAAUGGAACUGAAGUUUACUCCAUCCAGCCUACUGAGGGCCCAUGUCCAGUUGGCAUUGGGGCAUCCUUGGACACUCAAACAAGGAUGAAAUUGCAGAUUCUCCGUGAUAACUUAAGUAAGAUUUUGGGAGAGGAGCAUUAAGACCUCUGUAGCUUUUAACUUGGAUAGAUAUUUCUGUCUAUUGAAGGGAGGUAAUGUUGUAUUUUCCUGAUUAUUUUAGCUUAUAUUUUCUUAAUGUUUAAGUAUCUAGUUCGCUCUUUAUUUUCAAAUAAAAGUAAAUCUAAUUAUUUCAAAGAAACAUCUUUAGAGUUUUGAUUGAAACUUAUCUUGGCCUUUGGUUUUAAAAUAUCAAUAAUUUCAUCUGUGUUUUCAUUCUUACCAGUAUUUGAUGUUGUUUUUAAUCAUCUAUCUAUGUGUAAAUAAAAUCAGUAUAUCAAUUAAAA